AAAAAAAAAAAAAAAGAGACGUGAUUUUGUUUGUGGGAAGUGGAAAGGAAAAAAGAAUCGAGAUUGAGAUGAAGAAGGCGCAGAGUGAAGCAAAGGAGGUGGAAGAGCUGCUACAAGCAGCUCAGGACGAAUUGCUUCUCAAGCUUUCUCUCGAUUCCCACAUGUCCCGAGUCUCUCCCAACUACAUCGACUCCGAUCUCGACCGUCGCUUCCAAGCACUCAAAAAAUCUCGACCUUCCUCCUCGUCCGUUGUUCCUCAAUCUCAAUCGCACAAAUCGACCGACAACAACAGCAACAACUCCGAUCUCUCUGCCAGAUUUGCCGCUCUUAAAGCUAAGGGCUCUUCUCCGUCUUCUUCUUCUGCAGCUGUUGGUGUUGGUGCGGGUCCCAGCAGCAAUAUAUUAUACGAAGAAGAAGAAGAAGAAGAUGAUGAAGAUGACGAAGUGGAGAAGUUGAUUCGGUGGGCCAAGGAUGCAGCCCGUCUCGACCCUUCUCCUCCAUCUGAUGAUGAUGAUGAUGAUCAAGAUGAAGAAGACGACGACGAAGAAGACUAUAAGAAAGAUUGCCAUGAAAAGCCUAAGGGAAAUCAUCCUCGUCGGAAAUAAAGACCCAUUUUCUAUUUUAUUUUGAUUACAACAUUCUUCUUGACUUGUCCUUCAUCAUUGUUACCAAAUUAUCACUUCGCGACUAUAUCAAAUAAAUCAAAAUGUAAUUUCUUCGAUUCCAAUUGCCAUUUGUUUCUGCUCU